AUGGAUGGACAACAUAGAAUGAUCACACAAGAUCUAUCUGCUGACGAAUGGGCUCAAGCACAAAAAGUUCUAGAUCAACAGUUAAAAGAAAUGGGUUUAUAUUGUAAAGAAAUUAGUGGGGACGGAAAUUCAAUUUUUUCAUUAAGGUCUUUGUCCGAUCAAUUUUAUGGGAAUACAAAACAACAUUCAAAGAUUCGCAAAGAAAUUUGUGCAUAUUUAGAAGAAAACUUUGAUCAUUUUCAAUUCUUUGUAGAGGAUGACAAACCUUUUGAUUACCAUCUAGCACAGAUGAAAAAGGAUGGUACCUAUGGUGGAAACAUGGAAUUAGUAGGAUUCGCUCAACUUUACGAAGUUGAUAUAAAAAUAUAUCAACCUGGGACAAUCUAUGUUAUUGAGGGAAGUGAAGAUAAUAAAUCAACAGAAAAAGCUGGAACCAAAAAAACCUUACAUAUCGCUUAUCAUAAUUGGGAACAUUAUAGUUCAGUAAGAAACAUCCAAGGGCCACAUGUAGGUGAUCCGGAAAUUAUAUCAGAGUCAUUACAUUCAACAAAUGAUCCUGCCUCUGAUACCGAUAACCCUCCGAAUUCAAUUGAAAAAAUGAUCAUGAGCUCUACUGGAGAAAAGAAUUUGACAACCGUUCGUGACAUGAUGAAAAGAUUACAAUUUAACCAUAAUGAAGUUAUUAAUGAAAUAAUAGAAAGAUCGCAAGAAAAUUCGAUUACUGAUAAUGGGUCUAAUUCACGUGAAGUUGAAAAGGAUGCAUACACACCAGAACAGGAAGAAAAUUUGCCUAUGGAAGGUUCUCCUCAAAUGUAUAUCGAUAAUUUAUCUAGCGUUUCAUCCCAAAGCAAAACCACAAUACAGCCUGAUAUAACGCCGAGAAGAGAUCAAGAAACUUUAGAUGUGAACAUUAAUGCCAAAACUAGAAAUACCAUAAAUUGUAUAGAAGUAAGUGAUUCACCUAAAUCUAAGAAGAAGUUGAGAAAAAUGCGUAAGAAACGAAUGAAAAAUAAUAAUUAUAAGGAUGUAAAUAAGCUGCAAACUUUUCUUCAAAAUAAGAGCUUUUCAAAGUCAGGACUAAUCGGACAGAAUUACGGUUUAUCCCUAGUCUGCUCUCACCUUGGUUUACCAGGGAAGAAGGUGCCUCACAGCGCGUUCAAACAGAUCUCAACCAAGAAAUUAACGUUGAAUAAUUCAAAUCAAAUCGUCAUCAAGGACGAUCUGGAAAUCGAAAAAACGGAAGUCAAUAAGCAGGUUCAAGGGCAAAACGUGUACUUGAACGGUGUCGAGAAAAUGGAUGAUCUUACAAGUGGUUCAGAUAGUGAUUACACAAAAUAUUGGAUUGAUUGGUUUUUGUCUACUAAGGGAAAUGAAUACUUUUGUGAAGUUGAUGAAGAAUAUAUACUUGAUCGUUUUAAUUUAACUGGGCUAAACUCUGAGGUUCAGCAUUAUGUUCAAGCACUUGAUUUGAUAACGGAUUCUUUAGAAGAAGAAUUGGAUGAUGAGAUGCGUGAAGCCGUCGAGAAAUCCGCUCGUCACUUAUAUGGUUUGAUUCACGCGAGAUUUAUUAUCACAAGCAGAGGUUUAGCUAAAAUGCUUGAGAAAUACAAGAAGGCUGAUUUUGGCCGUUGCCCACGUGUUCUGUGUCAUAACCAACCACUCCUACCAGUUGGACUUUCUGAUCAGCCUUAUACAAAGUCCGUUAAAUUGUACUGCCCUCGUUGUGAAGAUAUUUAUAAUCCUAAAUCCACUCGACAUGCAAGUAUCGACGGUGCCUACUAUGGAUCUACUUUCCCUCAUAUGCUCUUUCAAGUUUAUCCACACUUGCUACCACCUAAAAGUAAUGAGCGAUAUGUUCCUAGGAUUUUUGGAUUCAAAAUUCAUGAUAUUGCCAAACAACAUCGUUGGCAAGAUCAACAAAGAGAAGAACAACAGAGAAGAAUCACCGUGGUUGGAGAAGGAAACGCUAAUAGUUAG